GUUCGACGCUUUAGCCGACGGAGGAGACUCUACCAAAAAAGGCCUCGCCGCCGUGCUCCGCUCCGCCAUCGCCACCCGCCGCCGCCGCCGCCGCCUGGCGGAUCCGUUCGUCUUCCUCGUAUCUUCCUACGUUCGGAGGUUCUGAGCGGUGAAGAGGGAGGGAGGUGGAGGAGGAAAAGGGGGUGAUUGCGUGAAAGCGGAGCGGUCGCAGGGAAAUGAGACGGAGGGAAGAUGCGGACUAUCUGUGACGUAUGCGAGAGCGCUCCGGCUGUCUUGUUCUGUGCUGCCGAUGAGGCUUCCUUGUGCCGGCCAUGCGAUGAAAAGGUCCAUAUGUGUAACAAGCUUGCUAACCGGCAUGUACGAGUAGGACUUGCUGACCCCAGUGAAGUUCCUCGUUGUGACAUAUGUGAAAAUGCACCUGCCUUCUUUUAUUGUGAGAUAGAUGGAAGCUCCUUGUGCUUGCAGUGUGAUAUGAUUGUACAUGUAGGAGGAAAGCGAACCCAUGCAAGAUAUCUAAUGCUGAGGCAAAGGGUUCAGUUUCCAGGUGACAAGAGUGGUCAUGUCGAAAAUUCCACAACCAAGGCAAAAGACCCAGUGGAAUAUGGGAGGGAUCACAGAAUGGUGAUGAGGGAGAAAACACCAAAUCACAAGUCAUCGUCUGCGCCUGCCUCAGACGCUAACAAUGAACCUAAUGGCAAAGCAGAUUCUGAAAUGAUCGAUCUCAAUUCUCGUCCUGCUCGAACUCACGGGCAAGCUUCCAAUAGCCAGACUCAACAAAUGGAUCUCGCAAACAAUAAUAACAACAACAAUCAUGGCAUGCUGGGCAUUGGUUUGGUUCCCACUGGUCCACCCAACGCAUAGAGCCAACGGCGAUAUGUUUCGACAGCUUGCUCGUGUAUAUUAUGCUUUAAUUUUUGUUCUUGGUUUCCUACUAUUGUCAGCUGAACCAUAGCCACCUCAAACUCUAAUCUCUGUCUAAAGAACAUGCUCAGGCAUUUGCAAUUGCUGCUAGUUUUCUCUUGUAUCCUAACUGUGAUGCUGUUUUCGCAAAAUAUGGGAUUUCAUCGAGUUCAA